GACAGCCGCUCACUUGACAACAAAAAGUGAGGUUAGUUGGUGCAUUUUUUUCUGGAAUCGUCCUCUUGCACAUUACUCGCUAAAACCAGUGAAAUCCUGAGAAAUCUCAGUUAAUUCCGAGUGAAAAGUAUUCUUGGGCAUCCUGUGAAUUGAGUAGAGUCAGAAUUUUGUGUAAGUUGCGGUGUUUGAGGUGAAAAAAGUGCGAAAAUUGGAGUUUGUAUUUUGAGUGGCUUGGGGAGUCCCUUCCGGACCUGUUGAAUCUUUCCCAAUCGGGAUUGAGGGCUUUAAUUAGUUUUUUUUGUGGGGUGUCCAGUGGUUAAAUUGUGGGCUUAGCGUGACGAAUAGAGGUAAUUUACAUAAUUUGUGAUAUAUUCUGUGUGCUCACGGUGAAACAAACUCCUAGAGAGGUGAAAAACGCAUUUUGUGGCACGUGAGCUCAAUAUCGAGGAAAAUUAUACACAACACUUAUCCCCAACUCUCUCGAUGUCUGUGGCGUGUUAUUUGGUGUGAGAGUCUGAUGAAAUGUGAUUUUCAAUGUGAAUUUUUGUAUCAGACAGAGAGAGAGAGGGAUUGUGAGCUGGUCAGGAGGAGAGUGGAGCAGAGGUAAGGGAGAUUGGGUGGAAAAGUGGAAAAGCAAAACCAAUACAGACAAUUGAAAUUGGCACGUGUUCCAUCAACGUUUCCUUCGUGAACAUCCAACUUUGAGAGGCCCCAAACGAGACAUACAGCUGAAGCAUAUUUUUUUGUCAAGCUCCACGAAUUGUGUCUCGUUAUCGCAUUGAUAUGCAUGUGAGCUGGGAUUAAAAACGUUUUUUUUUAUUCUCUUUACUGCUGACUUCCAAUACACACAAGCCUGGUGGGAAGUGAGCCAAGAGAGGUAGUUCUCCGAUGCUUUUUCGGUUAUAUUUUUAGUUCAAUUCGAUCAGCUCAGCUGGAAGCAUUGUUUUUGCACACACAAUUUUUGCCCCAAAAAUUCACAGGAAAAUUCCCAUUGAGAAGUUUUUGGGUGGUACGAGGAAGUUUCUAGAGAGGCACAUUGAGAGAAUUUUGAGGAAUUUUCAGUAGAAGGACUGAGGAUAAUAUUGCCGGGAAGGAUUGAUUGAUUGAAGAAUCGAAAAGCCGGAAAAGUCUUUAGGAAUCUUGCAAUCAGUGAAACAUCAAGGACACUCUGAGGACUCUGUGCUGAAGUUUCAAGAGAGUCCAGAUGAUAAUUCUCGAGAGAAUUAUGUGGUUUUGCGAGUGUUAUCACAAUUUAACUAUGUGUGCUUGCGAUAAGAACCGAUGAUUUGCAUUUGAGAACUGAGAGCUUAGUGACUCACGGACAGUCAAGCCAUUAGAGCCAGUUUUAGCCGAUACCGGAGAGCCCCAUUUUGGAGAAACCCAGCUUCAGGAAAAACUUCUCUAUUUUCCCUAAAGAACAGUGUGUUUAGGUAGGGCCUGUGUGAACCUUCUAAAAAGUGAAACAAAGUGCAGACAGUAAAAAAAAUCCUUAUCAGGAAAAAGACUUGAUACUUUUUUUUUGUUACAAAGUGAUUCAGUGAAGAUUAGUAAAAUAGUUGGACGAGAAAGAUCAAAUUUAAUGUGUACAUCAAUUUGUAUUAGUCGCAACAGUCGGGUCACAUUAUUUUUCCGAAAGCCACGUUACACGCAUUACUGUUCCGUGUGGAAUGUUAUAUUGAGUUUCGUUUAUCAAAAGAGUGCGAUUUGAUGGCCUUAGCAACAAGUUGAGGGAGACAGCGUCACAGCGAAAAAUCUUGUCGAGCCACCGCACAAAUAUCAUUUAACAUCAUCGCUCGAAACAAUUUCUGCGUUCGUCUUUUUUUCCUCUCUGUCUUUUAUUUUUUCCUUCAAAUAACAAUCCAACUCGCAAAGAAAACACCGAUAAUUGUGUGAAGAGUUGGAACAAGAGUGAUAUUACCCGGACAUAGAUCCACCACCAAAACCCCCCUUUCCAACCCAAAUACCCCAGUAGUGGAGCUACAAUCAUGGAAUCGUACUGGGAACAGAACCACUUGCCAAAUUCCGUCAAAUACGAAAACGAGAUCAAUGGUGGUCCGUAUCCGUAUUGUGAGACUGGUCUGAAUUUCUCCACAAAUGCCACGUUCAGCGAGGAUGAUGCUGAGUAUCAUGGUCGUCGCGGAAAAACAUCUCGGCAAGAUCCACUGUCGCAUCGAAUUAUUGAGAAGCGUCGUCGUGAUCGGAUGAACUCCUGCCUGGCUGAUCUGUCGCGUCUGAUUCCGCCACAGUAUCAGCGAAAGGGUCGUGGACGCAUCGAAAAGACGGAAAUCAUCGAGAUGGCCAUUAGGCACAUUAAGAGCUUUCAGAAGCAGGAGAAUGUUUGUCGCGAUCGUGACACAAUUCUAGCAGACAGAUAUCGACGUGGUUACAAUGAUUGUCUCACGGAAGCAGCCAAAUUUCUCGUUGCCAUCAAUGACGAUGACACCAUCUGCUACAAGAUGAUUGAACAUCUCAAAGAGCACUGUGGAGAAAUUAUGAAAAGUGACUUCUGCAAGGCUCGUGAAUGUCUGGAGCCAUUGACAAAUGGCGGAAGUGCUUCAUCACCAUCGCCCCCAAAUGGCUACCAUCAAGGGGCUCCGUUGUCACAUUUGCGUGACAUGCUGACGUCAGAUUUGGAGCACAGCAGCAACGACACGAGUGACGUGAAGGACCUCAGCUUUCGGCAUCAGCAGCCGCAGCAAGCGGCCGUGAUUACGUCCACAGGCCCCGCGGCGCCCAUGGACACCCACCCGCCGCCCGACAGUAACGCCCCUGUGCAUCAGCAUUCCUCCUUCCAUGCUCCGGAUGCCGGCCAUGCUGGCCGGCAUGCAGCCGAAGCCGCCGCGGACGCAGCAGAGCACAAUAACAACAGCUACAAGUUCAAGAACUACAUCCAGCAGCGUUUCUCGCAGGACAACCACCAUUUGCACGAUGAGGUGGCAGUGACCAAUUGCAGUCACAGCAGUGAAGGGAGUGAACGAGAUAGUGGGGUUCACGCAGGUGCCAAGGGGCUGUGUACGGAGAAUAGCAACAGCGGGGAUGAGCAUCCACUGCCAGGGGAACAUGGGACGGAUUUGAGGGCAGCUGGGCAGGCUCAGACUGCUCCAAAGUCUGCCGCAGCUCGUCAUCCGCCAAUGUCUGUUCCCAUCUUCGCGCUCCACUCACAGGGCACGUUCUAUGUGCCGCUGAGUGUGGACUACGAAGCCCUCGUGCCAUAUUUGGGUCAUGCGGAACUGCUGGAGAAGAACUAUGCACCCCACGUGCCUGUCCAUCCGGUCAACAUACACAUUCUGGCCACACCGCCGGCAGUGCGUCCGGACGCGCCACAGCGACAUCCCAAUUCCUUCCUGCUCAAGCCCAAGCUAGAGGGACUCAUUAAUGCGUGGUGAUGCGGCAUCUUCUAUAUCCAAACUACCAUACAAUUUACAGUAUAAUAGACAUUUGGGGUGUAGAGUCAUUUGCUGAGAGACACUGAUAUAAAAUUCUUUUUGUUAUCAAAA